GCGCAGGUCGCACCGUCUUUCUCCCUCUUCGCCUUCUUUGCUUCUUUGCUCCUUUGUAUCAGUCUGCUUGACGCGACAAUCUCACUAUGCAUGUGGAGGUAGAAGGACCUCCCAAGAUAGUGCUCAGCGGCACACCGCGAGAAAUCGGCCUGCAACAUGGCAAGCAACUCUAUUCCCAGAUCAGGAAUCAGCUCGCCGUCUACGAGGCCAUGUUCCAACAUACCUCGAAGAUGUCGUGGGACGACGUGCUCGUUCUGGCCGAAGAAUUCCGCGCCACCAUCGCGCGGUCCACCCCCGACCUCCUGGCCGAGAUGCAAGGCAUCACCGACGGGGCGGGCCUUACACUCCUGGAGAUCGUCGCCCUGAACUGUCGCAGCGAGAUCUCCUUCGGCAAGUUUGCCGAUGGCUGCACGAGUCUCGCGCUGCACCGACGGGACCGGGGCCGCAUCCUCGCCCAGAAUUGGGAUUUCACCACGCGAGUACAGGGCAACCUCGCGCUGGUCGAGAUCAUCCAACCGGACAAACCAGUCAUUUACAUGGUUACGGAAGCCGGCAUCGUCGGCAAGAUCGGCUUCAAUAGCGCCGGGGUGGGCGUCUGCCUCAACGCCAUCCGCGCCCAUCCCUGUCUCAGCUCCAAUCUGCCGAUCCAUAUCGCCCUGCGCCUGUGUCUGGAGAGCGACUCUGUCGAAACGGCGGUCCAGAAACUGUCCUCUCUGGGCGGCGUCGCCUCCAGCCAGCACAUUCUCAUCGCGGACCCGACUGUCGCCCUCGGGCUAGAGCUCUCCCCUCUUGGGGAUGAUCAUCUCCCUGAGGACGAGUACGGCAUGGUCACCCACACGAACCAUUUCCUGCUCAACCGGCGGGUAAUCGAGCCGCCGUGGCUGUCCGGGUCGCCGGUCCGGUUGGCCCGGGUGCGUGAGCUGGCGAGAGAGAUUGUUGACAGCAAAGUCCUCGAGGGGGCUGGUGCUGAGCUUGCGGGUACGGUGCUUCGCGGUCAGAUCUUCUCCGAUACCUGCGACGGCCCGCAGUCGAUCUGCUGGCAGGAGGAUCCAGCGCAACCAAAGAUUGUCCGGACGGCGACGUUGUUCAACAUCGUGAUGCGGUUGGAGGAAGGCAAUCUGGGGGCGGAGGUUGUGUUUGGCAAGCCUGGAUCAGGGAUGGAGAGUUCGGUGAUCAAGUUGCCAUGGCGGUGAUAGGAGGAACUGGCACUGGUAUAUUGUGAAAAACAGAUAAUAGCCUCGGAAUCCUUUGUGUUGGAAUUAGGCAGGAUUGAUGGUGGAGCAUUUCGCUUGGUUGAAUGCCAUGAAUGCUGCCACAAUAAAGACUCGAGAACACUCUUUGAUGUAGUUGUCAGACGAUACUAUGAGAUUGAGGGUGAAUGUUGUUCUUUCCCGAU